AGUAAACAGAAAUCAUCUUUGACGGAAUCUGGCGUAAAGUUUCUAUGUUCACGGUAUCCUGAUUUAAUUGCUGGUGAAUCGUUUUUUUUGGCAAUGAAGAUAUUGAUGUAUUUUUUGUGGUUCCUCAGUUUUAAUUGGGAUUUUGUCUUGAUAUACGGAUCUACUAAGCAGAGCUGCCCUAUGAUUACGAUAAAAAAUGGUAUUGCGAAAAGGCGCAGUCGUAGUAGGAUGGUGAGAUUUAAAUGCAACAGAGGAUACUUUUUAGCAGGAGAAAUGCAUAGCAUGUGCAGUCAUGGAAAAUGGGAUCCAUUGCCUCCCAAAUGUGUCCGUCCAACAUGUAAACCGAUAGGCCAGCAACCGAAUAAUAAUAUUCUUUGGAAUCACCCAUCCCAUUCAGGAGCAGUUCAACAUUUUCUCUGUAAGACUGGUUAUACUUUGAAGGGUCCGAGUGCCAUUUACUGCGAUGGAAUGAAGUGGGACAACAACGCUCCAAUAUGUUUACCAUGGAAUACUAAGCCAAAAUUGUUCUGCGAUUUCGAAACUGAGGACCUCUGCGGCUAUACCCAUGAUUUGAAUCAUGAUUUCGACUGGAAAAGAGAAAAUUAUAACACACCUAGUGGCUCGAUUGGUACUGGACCAAGCUUUGACCACACAAAAGGAAUGUUACAAGAUGGAUAUUAUAUGUAUAUAGAAUCGUCUUCUAAAAACGAAAAUGAUACAGCCAGACUUCUAUCACCUGUGUACGAUAAAAUGGAUGGCGAAGUCUGCAUAGAAUUUUUCUACCACAUGUUCGGUAGCACCAUAGGUUCUUUGAGGGUCUAUUUGAGAAAAGCAAGUGAGAAGUGGAAUUUCAAUCCCAAGGCAGUCAUAUUUUCGAAGUCUGGAAAUCAGGGUGAUAAAUGGUACAGGGGAUAUGAACGCUUAGGAAAAAUUGACGAUGAUUUUCAAAUAAUCUUCGAAGGAGUUAGAGGUCAUGGAUAUGUAAGCGAUAUAGCUAUUGAUGACAUCAAAAUAAUCAACAAUUGUAAAGCAGAAGAAAGCAUCACAAGCACAACGGAGGAUAAUAUCGGCACAGAAAUAAUUCCAAUUAUAGAUUCAUGCGAUAAGAGGUGUGGCCAAAAGGAGAGUGUGGGCAAUGAUAGUUAUCGUCUUACUUGUGACUGUGAUGAUGACUGCUUCGAUAAUAAUCGAUGUUGUCCAGAUUAUUACGAUAUCUGCAAUACAUUAACAACAGAAUCGAAUGGUUUAACGACUGUGAUAGAAGAAACAACCACCAAUACCGUAACAAAAUCGCCAGUGUCAAAAACUACUCCAAAAAUAACAAAAUCCUUAGUAAGGCUAUCAUCAACAUCAACGAGGCCUAUAUCCAAAGUUACAACUCCCCGUAUUCCUACUACAACACCAACUAACACUACCAAACCAGCAAUUCUCCCGCCUGUAAUCGUCACUAAGCCAAUCAUAAUACAUAUCCAACCUCCUCCAACUACUCCGGACAUUAUAAGGAAAGUCUUUCCAACGUCUACACCACUUCCAAAUAUUACAGAUAUACAUUAUUCGAAGCCAAUUACCGAACAGGUGCACAAAGAAAUAGAUGGUAAUGACAUCGAAGAAGUUCCACGACCAACGAAGAACGAUGAAGGUCUGCUUAUUCCUGAUGAUGAUGGCAGUUUCUCUAAGGAAUAUUGGUCCGAUGAGAACGACAACCGUUUCGAUACACCGUACCAGAGAAACUUCAGCGUGAACGAUAAGCUGCUCAGCCAAUUGGCUUCGGAUAGUCCCAAUGUCAAUGUUUUGUCAAUUGUUAUAAGUGUUAUUGGCAUCGGUGUAGUUGCUAGUAUCGUUGUUUUUGUGGUGGUCAGGAAAUAUCGUUGGCCCAGAAGGAGAAUCCAUUUUUCAAAUGGAGAAAGUCAAAGUGAUGUGAGAUUUUUAACGAACGAGGAGAUAAUUGAUUUAUCUUUAGACACAGAAUGUUACGAUAACUAGUUUUAUCUUUAUAGUUAUUUAUUAUUUGGUACCACUACGAAUUUAAGAAAUAUAAAACACGUGCCUGAUUUCACAAAUCUCAUUACCUACCUAUCUUUAUCAAUUUUUUUGCAUUCAUUAUGAUGCCUUCACUAAUUAUUCAAAAUGAGAUGCUCCAAAGCUUGAAUAUUAUUUCAAAAUCCAACUAUCCUUAUGGCAAGAUAGAAUCUACCGGUCAACUCAGAUCACAUCUUCCGUGUAUCCUGGGUAUUGUUCCUUGA